AAAAAAGACUUGCGUCAUUUGAUGGAAGAUUGCGCAGCGAUUUUGCAUUAUCCAGGAGGAAACAGCAACAGGUUAGAACGUUGUGUAGACUAUGGUCACUUCUUUCUGUUUGCGCGUCAUCGUUUUCUUUGCCACCACAAUGGUUGCAUCGUCCUCGACCGUUGCAACGCAACACGAUAAUGCAACAGCUAGGGUUGGUUUCGGGACGGCCGCACUGGGAGAAAGUUGUGCGAACGUAGUGUACAUGGCGCUUGAAGAAGGCUUUCGGGCCUUCGAUACCGCUGAAGCCGACUGGUGGUACGAUCAAGCUGCCGUAGGUCGGGCAUUGGAAGAAUUUUUUUCAACGAAAGAUGACUCUGUACUGGAUGACGAGUGUCUCGAUAGCGAAGGGCAGGUUUGCCAAGCUGGUACACAACCAGAGUGUGGAUUGCAGAACUUGCGUGUUUCCACCAAGAUUCCACCCUGGAGUCUCACGAGCACGGAAAACAUUCGUCGCAACGCAGCGAACAGUCGUCGAGAGUUGGUCGGCUUUUGUCGGGACGAAGCGAUGCUGGCGGACAACGGUAUCGAGAUAGCCAAACCCUUUCCGCUCGAUAUUUACUACAUCCACGCACCCACCUGUUGGAAAGGAUGGCACCCGAGGUGCGACGAUCACCCCCCGCUGCUGCCUUUGCGCGAGUCGUGGUUGGCCAUGGAAGCGGUCGUCGGACUAGAUUAUUCUGCGCGACGGAUUGGACUUUCCAACAUCCGGGUGGAGGAGUUAGUAGACCUGUUGACGUACAUCCGUGAGCGAAUAGCCAAAGCGGAAUCGUCGGGGGCACCUCCGCGCAUUCCAGACGUUGUUCAGGCCUUCGCCGAUCCUAUCCAACCAGCGGACGACUUGCGCCGAGUCUGUCAGGAAAACGGCAUUGAAUUUGUGUCAUAUAGUACCUUGGGAACGCAACAUCGAAAUGUGGUUCAAAAUCCUGUUCUGAUGAGUCCUAUUGUACAACAUAUUGCUGUCAAGCACGAGCGUUCCACGGCAGAAGUAGUUUUGAGCUGGGCGCUCCACCACAACAUGGGCGUGAUUCCCCGUUCGACAUGA